GUCGAUUCAAAACAUUCUCACCCUUGUAUACACUCUGCGCACGAUGGACCCACCACCUACGCCCUUGAUGCCGUCUGGAGCGGCAGAAAUGUCGCUAUUAUUCGGUCAGACCCCAAUAUACGAAGGUUUGGACGACUUGACUGAGGACUCGAUAGAAAUUGGGAGAAGGUCUCAUCCCGGAUCCUGGGAUCUUCAUUAUCCCGGGAAGACAUUGUUGAGAGAGAGUUUUAUCCUUGAGGAAGAGGAUGAACUGGGAUUAGAUGGCACAUUGCUGGAAGAUAAAGUACUCACAGGCACGGGAGAGGCGGACAAGACGAUGACGGCGGCGAAUGUUGAGUACGAGUCCAGUUUUAUGGAUGAAGCUCCCUCGGUGUUUAUCAAUAGAAGACCGAUGUCGCCUCCGACACCAGUAAGGGACGACUACUUUCGACGACGCCUCUCAACGUCCCGCCGGCGCAGCUCUUCAGUAGCUUCAUUUAAGGUGGAACAACCUUCUCGACGCCUAUCCGAGGGUCCGUCCGGCAGUUCCUCUUCCAUCAUCCGAUCGGCAUCUGCUCAUUCUCUCAUAUCGGAAGACAUACCUAGCUCUAGCUCCAACUCCUCGCUUGGACCGAGUCAGGGAGAAUCAUGGACAGGCGACGAGAAGAGUAUAAUGGAGGUCAAGAUGGCUUGGAGGGCUCACCCACUAAUGACCAAAGCACGUCACGUCAGCGCCGGGAACGUGCCUACGACACAGGGGGAAGAAGCACCCGGCAGUGUGCCGCACAAACGCAGAUCUCUGGCUCGAUUUGGGCCACCGAAGAGACUUAUUGUCGAGAUGGAAGCAGAGGAUGAAGAACCAUCAAUCCGAAUCCCGGCUUCAACCACCAUUCCGCUCGAUUUGAACCACUCCACUUCAAGACGUGGAUCUCGAGCAGAUCACGACGCUGUCAGAUCUGAGGUUCUCCCUAUGAGAACGGCUGAGCAGACCUUUGACAGCCCCGAACCCGUCCCGUUCCCCAUCCUGGCCGAUACGAGCGGAUCGGCAGAUAGCGAUGGCAUCGAUUUCAAGGCCGAGAAGCGGAUGUCGAGGUCAGAGCAGCUAGUCAAUUUCUUCACCGGAUUCUUAUCGGGUAUGCCGCGGGAGAAGAGUACAGUGGAUAUGCGAGACGAGUCGAUUGAGAUCGGAAGGGGGCAAAAAUCGGAUGUCUCACUGGAGAAUGCACGCUAUCCGAUAUCCUUCGAGACUGUGGAUAUCAUUCAGGAACAGGACACCGACGACUUUACGGAUCGGCUGCCUUGCCCAGAACCGUACCAACCUGUUGAGGUGCAUAGCGAGAGGGAACCGUCAAUGUCACAUGAGAUUCUGAACGAUGAUGCUCCUGUCCGAGUUCGCGUUCCUCGUGUCCCACUAUCCCGGGCGCCUCGACGAGAUUUCAUUGACCUACAACCUCCGACCUUUGACGACGACGAGCUUCCGCCGGUCCGACCAUCCAACGCUCCAUAUUUUGCAUUGAAACCGAGUCGAACGAUCCCCUCAAAGAUUUCCAUCUUGAAUGAUUCAAGCACCAAUGGCUCUCGCGCGCCUCGACAUACCAUGUCGGCAUUUGCUUGUGCCGCUCUUGCUAAGCUACCGCCGCCAGGCAAAGGAUCCAGCGCCGCUGGUCAACCUGUCCGCAUACGAGACUCUGAGCGAGCGAGUGAUUUGGAAAAGAAGAGGUCACUGUUCGAUGGGCUGAAGGUGGCUCCGAUGAAGAGGACUGUCCCAAUCGUAGGCCGGACUCCAGGAAAAGCUUCCCGAGCUCGAGCAAUGCAGCGUGAGAUGUUUGAUCGGGGAGUCAAAGAUCGCUUAGAAAUCAAAGACAAGGAGAAGCGUAGAGCUCUCGUGAUCAAAACCAUUGCUGAAGAGCAAGAAUAUAAGAAGCGAAGAAGGGAAACUGUGAUCAGGGCUAAUCCGUUGCCUGAGAUGUAUCGACGGGCUUGA